CAAAAUCCAGACAGCAUGCUGCGUGGCACAGGAAUGAAGACAAAUCCUGACCAAAAGAAACAAGCAAAUGGAGUAACACUCGCUCCAGAGGACACCUUACCUUUUCUUAAGUGCUACUGCUCAGGACAUUGUCCAGAUGAUGCUAUUAAUAACACGUGCAUAACUAAUGGGCACUGCUUUGCUAUCAUUGAGGAAGAUGAACAUGGAGAACCCACACUUGCUUCUGGCUGCAUGAAGUAUGAAGGUUCAGACUUCCAGUGCAAGGAUUCACCUAAAGCACAAUUACGUCGAACAAUUGAGUGCUGUCGGACUGAUUUCUGCAAUCAGGAUUUACAGCCAACAUUACCACCACUUGAUAGUACAGAUGGACUUUUUGAUGGCAGCAUCCGUUGGAUGGCAGUGUUGAUUUCUAUGGCAGUCUGCAUAAUUGUCAUGAUCAUCUUAUUUAGCUGCUUUUGCUACAAGCAUUACUGUAAGUCGAUGGCAAAGAGGCACUGUUAUAAUCGUGACCUGGAACAAGAUGAAGCAUUUAUUCCAGCUGGGGAGUCAUUAAAAGACCUUAUUGACCAGUCACAGAGUUCUGGGAGUGGAUCAGGACUUCCAUUGUUGGUUCAGCGCACCAUUGCCAAACAAAUUCAGAUGGUGAGGCAGGUUGGAAAAGGACGAUAUGGUGAAGUGUGGAUGGGCAAAUGGAGGGGUGAAAAAGUUGCAGUGAAAGUGUUUUUCACCACAGAAGAAGCCAGUUGGUUCCGAGAAACAGAGAUUUACCAAACUGUUUUAAUGCGUCAUGAAAACAUCCUUGGUUUCAUAGCUGCAGAUAUUAAAGGCACUGGCUCCUGGACACAGCUUUACUUGAUUACAGAUUAUCAUGAAAAUGGAUCAUUGUAUGAUUUCCUGAAAUGCACUACGCUAGACAACAGGGCUCUCCUCAAACUGGCGUAUUCUGCUGCAUGUGGUCUGUGCCAUCUGCACACAGAGAUUUAUGGGACACAAGGCAAGCCUGCUAUUGCACACAGGGACCUGAAGAGUAAAAACAUCUUGAUAAAGAAAAAUGGAACCUGCUGCAUUGCUGACUUGGGUCUGGCAGUCAAGUUUAACAGUGACACAAACGAAGUCGAUGUUCCCUUGAAUACCAGAGUGGGAACAAAACGUUACAUGGCUCCAGAGGUCCUAGAUGAAAGCCUGAAUAAAAACCAUUUCCAGCCGUACAUCAUGGCUGACAUCUACAGUUUUGGGCUAAUCAUUUGGGAAAUGGCUCGGCGCUGCGUCACAGGAGGUAUUGUUGAAGAGUAUCAGUUGCCAUAUUAUGACAUGGUGCCAAGUGAUCCAUCUUAUGAGGACAUGAGAGAAGUGGUGUGUGUCAAACGCCUACGCCCAGUAGUAUCGAACAGAUGGAAUAGUGAUGAAUGUUUAAGAGCAAUAUUGAAAUUAAUGUCUGAAUGCUGGGCUCAUAAUCCUGCCUCAAGGCUCACUGCCUUGAGGAUCAAGAAGACACUUGCCAAGAUGGUGGAAUCACAAGAUGUAAAGAUUUGACAUAGUAAAUUGACAUUGGAGAGCAAAGCUGAACUCCUAGAUCUUUUCACUCAAACGUGGGUGAGACCUAUGUGGAAAGAGGAAAUAACUGAGAUUCAGUAUAUUUUCUCAGCACACUUUACAGGCUGCUAAUCAAAUCUUUCAGUACUUCGUAGACUGUGAUACUGAGAGCCUCUGUACACUACAUGCUACGUAUAUGGACAGCCUUGAUAAAAAAAUACACAUUUUGGUUUUGUUUGAGCUGCAUUGAGACUUCAGUCAUACUUAGUCUC